AUGGCUGGUAAUGAGGCUGAUGAAGCUUCCAAACAUCUUAAAAGUAAUAUUAUGAAAUGCAGCCAGUUGUUUGGGUUGAAAAUGGCAAAUAAAUGGCAGAAAGUAGGACAAUCUCGGAAUCGACUUUUACAAAAUCAGGUAUAUUGGUUAGACAAGAUUAUAUAUAGAAUAAAUAAUGAUUCUGAAGAAAACACAUCUUCGGAUGAGGAAAAAGAACCUCCUUGUCGCUCAGUUGGACGGCCACGGGUGCCAUUUGAAGAGGCAUCGAAGAAAACAAAACGAAGACGUGUAGCCGAACUAACCACAGACAGAUUGCAAAUGAACUUCAAUUUGCUGCCGAUCAAGUUUUUAUUUAAAAAGGAAAAUGCUGAUUUAGUGCGGAAUACGGAAAAGGAAAUAAUAACAAAAAUUGAAAAUUUGAUUCCUAUUGAGAUUAAAACAAAAGAAGAGCACUCUUAUAUAAUUGAAGUUGAUAUGAUGUUAACAAUGUUGGACGGCAGUGUUGGAAACGUUCUAUCAGAGACAAAUUCAACUAUGAAGUGCAUCAUUUGCGGAGCCACACCCAAGGACAUGAACACGUUAGCAGGGAUUAACCGUCCUCCUAACGUUCGUGGGCCUGAAAACAAAGCUAUAGUCGAAGCAAACAAAAAACGAAUCCAAGCAGAGUUCAGAGCCAAGCUGUCUCUAAUAGUUGACAAACCAAAAUCCGGGUAUGGCUCCUCAAAUGAUGGCAAUACGGCCAGAAUUUUUUUCCACAAUCCACAAAAAAGUUCAGAUAUCACAGGGGUUGACAGGGAAUUAAUCGAGAAAUUUGCGAUCAUCUUAGGAGUGUUAGCUAGUGGUUGCGCUAUUGAUAUGGAAAAGUUUGCCUCAUUGCUGGAAGAAGCAAGAAAUUUGUAUAUCCACCUUUAUAAGUGGUACAACAUGCCAAACACGGUACAUAAGGUUCUUGUUUAUGGGUGUGAGAUAAUUGAUGCAUUUUAUUUGCCCAUUGGAGAACUGUCGGAGGAUGCGCUUGAGGCUCGUCAUAAAGAGAUAACUUGGUUAUGGAACAACUGA